UAUAUAAGAUUGUGCCUUCGUAGAAUCCCUGCACCACCAGAAGAUCCUACAAGUGCAUCACGUCCAGAAAUAGUUUGAGCCUCAAAACUGAACAUGGGAGGAACAUCUGUGAUCCUGCUGUCAUCCCUGAGUGUUCUCUUCAUGCUGGUACAUGUCCAAGAAGCAUACGUUGGUUAUGGCGGUAAACCUUGUCCACCCGGCAAAGAAUAUGACAGUUGUGGGAGUGCCUGCCCGCCGACCUGCGAUAACAUGGUGCCCAUAUGUAUGGCCAUGUGUAAACCAGGAUGUUUCUGCAAGGGUAAAACUGUAGACAAUGGUCGCGGUAAAUGCGUGAAGAGGCAAGACUGCUGCAAAGGGAACAUGAUAUAUUCUGAAUGCGGCAACGACUGCGGCCGUGUGUGCCCAACAAACAAACCAACCACCAUCGACUGCACUAGUUGUUUCCCCGGCUGCUUCUGUAAAACCGGAUAUAGACGCCUGGGUGACCGUUGUGUCCAUCCCAAGGACUGCCCCAGAAAACCUUUCCACCAUUAGUCUGGCCCAUUUGUCUUAUUGACAAUCGGCAACAACAAUUGUACUGAAAAUAAAACAAUUUGAAA